AUGAGACAGAUUUAUUUCCAGCCUGUGUUCAGUGAUUGCCGGAGACAACUCACCACUGUCCAAGGGCACUGCUCUUGGCACACUGGCCCAGGGCAAGCAGAAGCCACCUCUGACUCCAGAGACUGCCGCUGGUCAGUGAGUGCGCUCACACAGAAAGGCCUGAAGAAUGGAGUUGUCAACGGCCUAUUGGCUCCCCUAGAGCUUCCUGAACAAAGAGCUUUGGAGCAGGCUGGCAAAAGGACAACUCCAGAAAAAGAGAAAACAACAGUAGAGAACCUCAGUAGUUGUCACUGGGAAGCCAUUGAACAAGAACUGGAGAGCUCCUUCCUUUAUACCAAAGCCAAUGGUCACCAGGAUCGCCUUCCAGACAUUCUAAUUCAUGGUGGAACGACGGUCAAACCUCACCACUGGCUAAGCUUCCCUCUAAACUGCUCUAACUAGCCUUACCACAUUUGGACAGGCGAAGAUGUUUCCUACACAGAAUUACACAUUUUUGGAUUCCCAUGGUCUACAUACCCUCAAACAAAACACCUCACAUUCUAUGAGCUGAGAAGUUCCUCUGGGGACUUGAUACAAAAGGGCCGUGCUAGUAACUGCACUGGGAAUCACAGCCACCCAGGAUCGAUGCUGUUUGAGAGGAAUGGUCACCGUGACUCAUGCUUAUCCCAUAACAGCAACAUCAAACGUAUCAUCCUGUAUUCCAACAACUCCCCUUGCAAUGAGGCUAACCACUGCUGCCUUAGCAAAAUGCAGAGUUUCCUGGUGACGUAUUCAGAUGUCACUCUUAGUAUUUUCUUUUCCAUCUUUCAUACUGAGAAUCAAUUUCCUACCUCAGCAUGCAACCAUGAGGCUCUUCAGGGUCUGACCAGUUUACAGCCCCAGGUGGCUUUGAGUCCAAUAAGUGGUGGCCUUUGGCAUUUUAUUGUCAACAAUUUUGUUAGUGGUGUCCCAGGAUCGACUAUUCUCCCACCCGUUACACCUGGGCGAAUACUGGCUGACAGGUACAAUGCUUAUGAAAUAAACUCCAUAACAGGUGUGAAGCCCUAUUUUAUUGAUGUAUUUCAGAGCCGGCAAAAAGAGCAUCAGAACAUGAAGGCUCGGGCAGCUCUGGGAAACCAUCCCUUAAACAAUGCUGUUCCUGGAUAAUGGCCUCAGGACCUCAGGACUCCUAUUGUUUUCACGCUGGAACCUUAUAAAGAUCUACCGCCAAUCCAUGGGCCAAACCCACAGAAUGUGGUGAAGCACUUGAAUAUGCCUCAAAUGUCAUCCUUUGAGGCCGAAGACCUCAGAGAACCUUCCACAGGCAAGCCAGAGGAGGUGGUGGAGGUCACAGACGAGUCUGCUACUAGGUCCCGCAGCCAGCCCAUCCCAUCCCACGCGCGCGUCCGGUCACCCAGACUUCACACCGGACCCCAACCACAAGCCGCUGGCACCAGAGGCGGCGGCGGCAACAGCAGUCCAGGCCACGCGCCCGAGGUCCCCAUAGCCUCCAAUCCCAGACCGCUCUCCCCCCGCCCCGCGCCAGGCUGGACCGCAGAAAAGCGUUUCUAUGGGAACCCCCGGGGUGUCACGUGA